UAGUGCUGGCAGCAUCCAUCCACAGUGCACACACUGUGCUGUCUCUGUUCCAGAGAGACUAUAUCAGCUCUGCACAGGGAGAAGAGGAUUAAUACAACAUCAGCUCAUCUGCAUAUUCCCAGGGAACACAUAAGCACCCAAGGCUUCUUCUCUUCUCUAUCCAACUCCAACCAUCACAGGACUUGACACUCUCAUCGUUGGAGCAUCGUUCAUCCAAUUCUCUCUGCUGUGAGAGGAUUUAAAGGAGGACACAUCUUUCAGAAUUUUUUUUUUGUGUGUGUUUCUUCACUAAGUUUAAGCUUGUCAAAUUGGAGCAAUGCAAUUCAUAUUACAUAGUUUAGACUAGUUCUAAGCAUCCCGUUUUUAAGCAUCCCGUUUUUAUUUUUUCUCCAGAGGACCUCUAACUUUUUAGACUGCUCUAUAGGGUUUGCUGCUUGUUCAUCUGAUUUGGUCAACCUGAGUGUCAGAAUGCCAUCUAGGGAGUCUUACGAGGUCCGGAAGGGAGAGAAGUCCCUGGUGCACAAGGCCAAGCAGGAGGCCAACCAGCAGGACAUACUGGCUGCUGCUCUGGGGAUGAGGAUCUCAGGACCCCAGAAACCUCCAGCCACUAUCUGGCAGCCUCUCAAACUGUUUGCCUAUUCACAGCUCACCUCGCUGGUCCGCAAAGCCACACUGAAGGAUAACAGCCUGCCGCCCAAGUACGUGAAAGUCCACAACUUCAAGGUCCACACGUUCCGGGGACCUCACUGGUGUGAAUAUUGUGCCAACUUCAUGUGGGGGCUGACGGCUCAGGGAGUCAAAUGUGCAGAUUGUGGCCUGAACGUGCACAAGCAGUGCUCCACUAUGGUACCCUGCAACUGCGUGCCGGACUUGAAACAUGUCAAGAAAGUGUACAGCUGUGAGCUAACAACCCUGGUGAAAGCUCACAACACCAAGCGACCCAUGGUGGUGGACAUGUGCAUACAGGAAAUAGAAUCAAGAGGGCUGAAGACUGAAGGGCUCUACAGAAUAUCUGGAUUCAGCGAUUCAGUCGAAGAUGUCAAGUCGACAUUUGACAGAGAUGGUGAGAAGACGGACAUCUCUGCCAAUGCCUAUGAAGAUAUCAAUGUCAUCACGGGUGCACUUAAACUGUACCUCAGGGAUUUACCCAUUCCUGUCAUCUCAUACGACGCCUACCCCAGGUUCAUUGAGGCUGCAAAGCUGGAAGACCCAGAGAAGCGGCUAGAGGCCUUCCGUGAGGCUCUGGAACUGUUGCCUGUAGCACACAGUGAAACCCUGAGGUACCUCAUGGCCCAUUUAAAGAGGGUAACGUUGAAUGAAAAGGACAACCUGAUGAAUGCGGAGAACCUGGGCAUUAUUUUCGGGCCCACUCUCCUGCGUGCCCCCAACCUGGACGCCAUGACGGCACUCAACGACAUCCGCUACCAACGGCAGGUGGUGGAGUUCCUCAUCCAAAAUGAAGACAUCCUCUUAUGAAAACAGACACAUCCAUUCUGCUAAGAUACGGAAGGAAAGAGCCAGAUUUUUUGUAAAACAGCUUGAUGCUGUCUAAACACCUUUUUGUGCAAAGACUUGAAGGAACCUUUGUAUUGCAUUUGUAUUACAUAUGAAGGAAUCUUUGUAAUUACAUUUGAGAUACAUCCGUUUCCACUCCCAGUUGAGCAGUGCUGAACCUUACUUUUUCUUCCCCUGUAAUGGGUGUGGAUGAUGAUGUACCUUAAACUUGCAUGUCUGUCUCCCCAUUUUUGUCGGGGCUUGUG